UGUUCCUUUCUCCAACCAAAUCCAAAACUUAAAAGAAGUGAAAAGACCCAUCAUUGUCUGUCUCUCUCGAUUUCGUGCGUGGAAUUGCGUGCUACUGCUUUACUUCCAUUCCAGUCCUUUAUUUUGGGAUCAGGACGGGAUUUGGGCGUCUCCUACCCCGAGCCGAUAAGAUACUAAGAUAGAAUCUUGUUCUUUUCCCCUGUUUUUCUACACGAUUGAAGAACGGCCGCCAACGAGCGAGAGAGAGAGAGAAGGCAGAGCUUUUGAGCUGCUGGUCGGUUUCGAUGGUUGCUAGUCGUAAUAUGCACAGCAGCAGCAAUUCUGCAGCAAAGUAUUGCUCAUCGUCAGGGUUUGGGAGUUUGGCCAGGAGGAAGCAAGUUGAUUCGGUUCUGGCCAAGAGGGAACAAGGGCCUCGGUUGGCACAGAGACUCUCUGUUAUUGAUGUCGUUGCCAUUGGAGUGGGAGCUACAAUUGGCGCUGGUGUGUAUGUUCUUGUUGGAACAGUAGCGAGAGAGCAGGCAGGACCUGCUCUAACUGUUUCAUUCCUGAUUGCUGGAGUAGCAGCAGCUCUCUCUGCAUUUUGUUAUGCUGAACUCGCAAGCCGGUGUCCCUCUGCUGGAAGUGCCUAUCACUAUGCUUACAUCUGCAUAGGAGAAGGUGCUGCAUGGUUAAUUGGGUGGGCGCUUAUUCUUGAAUACACUCUUGGAGGUUCAGCUAUUGCUCGUGGCUUAACUCCAAAUCUGGCAUUAUUUUUUGGAGGACAGGAAAACCUGCCGUCUUUAUUGUCCCGCCACACCAUCCCCGCACUAGGGAUCGUUGUAGAUCCUUGUGCAGCGGUUCUGGUUCUCAUUGUGACUAUACUUUUGUGCAUGGGAAUCAAAGAGAGUUCAUUGGCACAAACUGUCGUGACAACAAUAAAUAUAUGCGGGAUGAUCUUUAUCAUAACAGCUGGUGGAUACAUAGCUUUCAAGAACGGAUGGCCUGGAUAUGAUCUGGCUACCGGGUAUCUUCCUUUUGGAUUCAAUGGGAUGCUUGCAGGAUCUGGGAUAGUGUUCUUUUCGUUCAUUGGCUUUGAUGUAGUAGCUAGCACGGCUGAAGAGGUAUAUUAUGAACACUGAUUAAAAAGUGUAUUUAAUGUGGAAAAAAAACUGGAACAAAAUAGUUAAAGAUGUGGAACAAUGGCUCCAUUUAAUUUUUUUUUUUUUUCAUUUAUGGUUUCCUUCUGGGACAGGUGAAAAAUCCAAAACGAGAUUUGCCCAUUGGUAUGGGCAUAUCAUUAUCUAUAUGUUGCAUUUUGUACAUGCUUGUUUCUGUUGUCGUCGUUGGGUUAGUGCCAUACUAUGCACUUGAUCCAGACACACCAAUCUCUUCAGCUUUUGCUUCAUAUGGGAUGCAGUGGGCAGUGUAAGCAUGAACUUUAAUAGGAAUGUCCAACUCUUUCAAUUUCCAAGCCACCUGCUUUGGUGGUGUCCAUAACCCCAUCUAUAAUUUAUCAUUCGGCAGGUACAUAAUAACAGCAGGGGCAGUAACAGCUCUUUGUGCAAGUCUCAUGGGUUCACUUCUUCCACAGCCCAGGAUGUUUAUGGCUAUGGCUAGAGAUGGAUUGCUACCGUCAUUCUUUUCAGACAUAGAUAAACACACUCAAGUUCCAGUAAAGAGUACGAUAGUGAUCGGGAUUCUUGCUGCAGCCCUAGCCUUUUUCAUGGAUGUUUCACAGUUAGCAGGGAUGGUGAGUGUGGGCACACUACUUGCAUUCACUGCUGUUGCGGUUUCUGUCCUGAUACUGAGAUACGUUCCACCAGAUGUAGUCCCACUUGUCUCGUCAUUUCAUGGGUCUAUUGAUGCUUCCUCACCUUUGCUGCUUGGUACUGAUGUUGAGGAUGUUUCUAGCUUGAAAUUUAAGGAUCCUGUCAAGUUCUUUGAUCAUGGUAAAGGAUUAAAUCACAGUGAAGGGACUUCGAUUAGCACUUCUAUUGGGCACAAACAAAUUGAUCAAGAUGAUGGAAAUCACGAAAAGAGGCGAAUGAUUGCUGCUUGGAGCAUAACUGUUGUCUGCACUGGCGUUCUCAUUCUCACAUAUUCUGCUUCUUCUGAGUACCUACCAAGGCUUCUACGUUUCACAUCUUGUACAGUGGGUGGGGGUCUUCUUUUGUGUGGUCUGAUCAUUCUAGCUUGCAUAGCUCAGGAUAAUGGGAGGCACAGCUUUGGCCACGCAGGAGGUUUCACUUGCCCUCUCGUUCCAUUCCUACCAGUUGCUUGCAUUCUAGUCAACACGUACUUGCUGGUGAAUCUGGGGGGUGGGACGUGGCUCCGAGUAUCAGUAUGGCUGUUGAUUGGAGCAGUUAUCUACUUGUUCUAUGGCCGGAGUCACAGCUCUCUGCUGAACGCCGUUUACGUUCCUACUGCGUAUGCAGAUAAGGUACAUCGUGCUUCAUCAAGUUACCCGGUUGGAGAAGAUUAGUGCAGCACAAGACAUGUUACUAAUUAUGAAUCACUACAAUCCCCAUGCUCUUAAGCAUUUUAACCCUUUUGUUGAAAAGCGAAGUGUUGAUGGGUUAUGGCCAUAUGCUUUUAGCAAAUUAAGUGCAUUUCUUUUGGCUGGCAGCCAAGCCAUUGCCAACCAAUUGUAUAGUUAUGUGAGCUGGGAAUCGAGAACAAAGUGUACAUAGCUCUCUUGUAUAGAUUAAAGCAUGUAUACCAGUCUCUACAUAGCUUCCUUGAUAUGUGCGUGCCAAGAACAUCUGGAUAUAUGGGCCUUUUGUUUCGCAAGAAACCAUCAAUAAGGAGUUAAGUACACACUAAGUCAACUAGAAACGGAAUACUUUAG